CGAGGCAGACCUCCGGCGCAGUGGGAGGCAGUAUUGCUGUAUCCGGGUGAGCACAGAGUACUCGAACGCGGCGGAAGAAGCACAGACACAAGAGCGAGAGCGAUAGUUCGGCGUGCGCCUGGGCGUGUGGGACAUGGGCGAUGAGGAGCUGUCAGAGAGCCGUGAGGAAGCAGCGGAAAGCGAGGACAUGGAGAGGUGCCUGGAGGAGAAGCUGAGGAUCACGCAGAAGCAGAAAGUUUCCAGUGGAGGUCCUGGUCGAUCUCCCCUGAAGACAGCAGCCGUGAUGAUCCGGGACGAGUCUGUGCCGGCAGCAGCACCGCCCCAGAUCCGCAUUCUUAAGCGACCUUCCAGCAACGGCUCUCUGGGCUCUCCCGCUGGGCCCAUGCGCCCCAUCCCCCAGGUCAAGUCCCUGGCCCAGAGGGAGGCAGAAUAUGCUGAAGCACGGAGGCGGAUCCUUGGCAGCCCCAGUCCUGAGAAGAGCCCUCAGGACAGGCCUGCUGCAGACAGCAGGCCCAUGCGUGUGAGCCCCCAGCAGCCCCCAGCAGACUCUCGAGCCAACAGCCACUUACUCCGGCAGCCUAUUGGCCCAGAAGGCACGCAGGGCGUCCGCCACCGAAGAUAGAGAGAGCAACGGGACACGAGUGGAGGCUCUGCGUUUUGACCACGUGGACAGCAUAGAUGUGCAUUACGUGAAUGAGAGCCACAUGGAUCAAUGUUUUGCUCAUCAAGCCUUCUUCGCUUUUGAAUCCCAAGCCCCCCCAGAGGACAAAAGAGUAAAGGGACAAAUGCGCAGGGAGGGUUCAGGGCAACUCUGUGUCUCCGGUCAACACUGUGACAAGAAAAUUGCCUCUUCAGGACUGUGCUCACUGUGAAAUUGCUUCACCUACCAGUGCCCUGCUACCCCCACAGUUCUCCUCACCGUUCCCUUCACUGUGGCCCUCUAUGUCAUGCUGGCAAGGAGGGGGGCCUACAAACCAGGCAACAGACCUGGACCUUGGACCUUUAUGGCGUGGAGAAUGGACAUAAACAUGUGCAAGGGAUACCGCUGCCGGAGCGUAAGCAGCAGAUUGUAAGAAAAGGAGCACGUGGGAUGGUAGCUGCUCCCAGCAAUAAUAAUGAACAACAAUAUCAUGAAUGAUAAUCAUCCCCCUUCCCCCAUCCCGUGCUGACUAACUGUCAAAAUUGUUUCACUGUCUGUUUUAAAUUGUUUGGUUGGCUGCUUAUUACCAGUGUUUUUCAAUGAAGAGAGAGGGCUGCAAACAGACACACAAGUGAGCGUCCAUUUUUGGUGCUGUACUGUUUACAUUUGCCCUUUUUUAAUUUGUGCUUCUUUUCAUGUUUCUCCAACUCAGAUUUUCUAUUUAUGAAUAAAAGCAAAACUUUUUUUUUUUUAAAACAACUGCUAGUAGAGUGCAGGUCUAUUUUUAGGCAUCUUUUUUCUAUUGUUUUGGAUUAAAUGGUUUUAAUUGAGAUCAGAAUGAUUUUAUUAUUAUUUUUAAAGUUGGUGUCAGUGUGUAAUCUUGCUUCGCCCAGGUCUUCCCUACUUUUGCAGUAUUUCUGGCUGAGGCUUCAUCCUUUUUCUUUCUACUUGUCAUUAUUUAUAUUGUCUUUGCUCCAAUGUGCAGCUCACGUACAGGACCUCAGGUGAAAAUGCAGGCACUACAUAUGCUGGAGUAGAUUUUGUCACUUGCCAAUAUCAGGUGUCUGUGGAAAGGACAAAUGCAGGUACCUUUGUGGUUAAGCUUUUAUUGACCUUCAGUUAGACUGAACAAAGGGGGUGUCUUAAGUGAGUCACAGUGGAUGGUCUCAGGCCUGAAACAUUUUUUUUUUUUCUUUUUAAUUGAUAAUAAAUAUACCUUGAACAG